UCCCUGUGCCAAGCGGGGCAUAGGGCCUCUUCUCCCAGCAGACUCCUUUGAGGACUACUAGAGAGCAGCCUUGGAGAAGGCCUGGGUUGGGUUGGGACCCUGAGAGGUUUGGGGUCCCACAGACCAGGGGAGAGGACUGAUGGAGACCUACUGGCCCAGCAGGAGGUGGCCACAGGGCUGGACCAAGAGCUGUCUGGGGAGGAGGGAAAUUCAAGCACCAGUCAUAAACAUGGGCAGUGCAAAGAGGGCUGUUUGGGCCCCAGGGGACCCCAGGACUCAUCUGGCCCAGUGCCUGCCACCUCCACUGCCUAGUGCCCCCACCUCUACUACCCCUUGGGCCAGGCCUACAAGCACCUUUAAUGCUAUGGAGGUUCACUGGACAGAUCCCAUCCUCCAGCUUACAUCCACUUCCAGGCCACUUGAGCGAGUCCUAUCUCCCACUGGUCAGAAGGAAACAAGUGGCCUCUGAGGUCAGGGGACCUAGGACACUCAGGACAGCUGGGUCUGGCCUCAGGAAGGACUGCAUGGCUGAGAGCCAGGGAGACAUCUCACCCAGAGGUCGGGGAAGGGGUUCCUUGGCUAGCACAGCUUAGCUGUUGGCCGCCCCUGUCUUGUCACACGUAGGAGCUUGCUGCUGUGUCUCGGAGGUCUGGCGUGGGGGGAAAGUGGAGGUGGUGGCAAAGGAAGCUCUGUGGGACCGAGUGAGGAAGAUGUCGAGCCCGGGCAUCAACGGCGAUCCCAAGCCUCCAUGCUUGCCUCGCAAUGGUUUGGUGAAGCUGCCAGGCCAGCCCAACGGCCUGGGCACAGCCAGCAUCACCAAGGGCACACCAGCUGCCAAGAACCGACCCUGUCACCCACCCCCACUCUCCCUCCCACCACCCAGCCUGGCUGCCCCGCCGCCCCGGGCUGCCCUGGCCGGGGGCCUUUGCCCCCCGGCGGGGCUCCCCCUUGGUGGACCAGCCUCAGCUCCGGUGCCUGGGCCCCCAGCAGAACGGCCACCACUGGCCACCGACGAGAAAAUCCUCAAUGGCCUCUUCUGGUACUUCUCUGCCUGCGAGAAGUGCGUGCUGGCUCAGGUGUGCAAGGCCUGGAGGCGUGUGCUCUAUCAGCCCAAGUUCUGGGCGGGCCUCACACCUGUGCUGCACGCCAAGGAGCUCUACACAGUGCUGCCUGGAGGUGAGAAGGAAUUUGUGAGCCUGCAGGGCUUUGCAGCACGCGGCUUUGAGGGUUUCUGCCUGGUUGGAGUCUCCGACCUGGACAUCUGUGAGUUCAUCGACAACUAUGCCCUCUCCAAGAAGGGUGUCAAGGCCAUGAGCCUCAAGCGUUCCACCAUCACUGACGCUGGCCUGGAGGUGAUGCUGGAGCAGAUGCAAGGCGUGGUGCGCCUUGAGCUGUCGGGCUGCAACGACUUCACCGAGGCUGGGCUGUGGUCCAGCCUGAGUGCUCGCAUCACCUCGCUGAGCGUGAGCGACUGCAUCAAUGUGGCCGAUGACGCCAUUGCAGCCAUCUCACAGCUGCUGCCCAACCUGGCCGAGCUGAGCUUGCAGGCCUACCACGUGACGGACACAGCGCUGGCCUACUUCACGGCGCGCCAAGGCCACAGCACACACACGCUGCGCCUCCUCUCCUGCUGGGAGAUCACCAACCACGGUGUGGUCAAUGUGGUGCACAGCCUGCCCAAUCUCACUGCUCUCAGCCUCUCUGGCUGCUCCAAGGUCACCGAUGAUGGCGUGGAGCUUGUAGCCGAGAACCUGCGCAAGCUACGCAGCCUCGACCUCUCGUGGUGCCCACGCAUCACCGACAUGGCUCUCGAGUACGUGGCCUGCGAUCUGCACCGCCUGGAGGAGCUCGUGCUGGACAGGUGUGUACGCAUCACGGACACUGGCCUCAGCUAUUUGUCCACAAUGUCCUCCCUCCGCAGUCUCUACCUGCGAUGGUGCUGCCAGGUGCAGGACUUUGGGCUGAAGCACCUCCUGGCCAUGAGGAGUUUGCGUCUCUUGUCUCUGGCAGGCUGCCCGCUGCUGACCACCACAGGGCUGUCGGGCCUGGUGCAGCUGCAGGAGCUGGAGGAGCUGGAGCUGACCAACUGCCCUGGGGCCACCCCUGAGCUCUUCAAGUACUUCUCGCAGCACCUGCCCCGCUGCCUCGUCAUCGAGUAGCGCAGGGCCUCCCCGCCCCCGUCGCAGGAGCCCGCCGCGCUCUGGGCGGGGACGCCGGGGCGCCGCUGAGCCGCGGCUCCUCGGCCCCUUGUUCUCCUCCCGGCCCCGCCCCGGGCAGGGAGGGCGGCGGACUGACCAGCCCCGCGCACGCACGCACAUUCGGGGACUUUGUGCAUGCCCCUCGUGCCCGCACUGCACGCCCGCCCUCCACCACGCCACAGCCGCCUCCAUCCUUCGCCAGCCCGCCCGCCCGCCGGCGGUGGGGGGCUGGGGCUUGGUCCUGGGAGCGCUUUGAGCUCGCCAGGCGGCCACCCUUACCGCCUUCCUCGCCACACCCUGUUCUGUCUCCCCGCCGUCCCCCCACCCCGGGCAGGGCCCAGGGGGAUUGAGGGGAACUGGGUCUCCCAGGACUUAGGGGCCCGGAAGAGCCCUAGGGCUUCCCGCAUCUUCCACUGCACCGCGCCUGGAGCCCUCCGAGGGGUGCGAGGGGAAACAGGCCGCCGCCAAAGCCAUGGCCCACCCAGGAGCCCAAGUCCCACCCACCCUCCCCCCUCCUCAUGCCAGCCUGACCCCAUCGACCUCUCCUCUUCCUUGCCGCCGUGUGAAACAGUCCCUACUCGCCCCACCCCGACUCCAAGGCCUAAGGUCCUUGGGCCCUCGCCAGGCUAGGGCAGAAUUGGAUUAGGAGAGGGGCCGCUAGGCUGACAAUGACCUUGGCAUAAUCAACAUUAGCCCAGUUGGCUCCAGUCUGCCUCAACCCAGCGGUGGUGGUACAGCUGCCUUGUGAGACCUUAAGCUGGAGUGAACCUCAUGGCCUGCAGGCCUUGGGGCCUUGGGAGCAGUCCUGGGUGGACCCCACCCCACAGCCCCUGUAGCCAGCUGGGUUCAGGACCCUCAGCGCCACACUUCACCCUGGGCAGGUCUCCAUUAGGUGGAAGCUGAAAAGGGGGGCCCCAGCUGAGGCUUACGGCCAGUGCCAGCCAGCAACUCUGAUCUUCCAGUGGCCAGCGCACCCUUAACACCCAGAGGAGGGAGGGCUCCUUUCUAGCUGCACCCCUCAACCCAUCUUCCCAAAUCUCUGUCUGCCCACAUGGGCUCACCAUGUUCUGUCCAAUCCCAAGACGCUGGGAUGUCCUGGGGGUGCUGGCACAUCUUGGCAAUUGCUGAGGAGGGGGCUGGGACCCCUUUCCAUCCCAACCUUGAGCCCCAGGAUGUACAGCACCCACAUCCAAUUUUGGGACACCCCCCCAAUCUGGUUGGAAGAGAGUAACCAGUUUCCAGAGAGCCAGAAAGUGAGAGAGAGAGACAGAGAGAGAGAGAGAGAGAGAGAGAGAGAGAGAGAGAGAGAGAGAGAUGCUGUUGAAGAGAAACAGUUCAACAGCCCAAAGAUUUCCCUGCCCCUGGAGCACUGGCCAGAGGCUCCAGGGUUGAGGUGGUCAGGAGCCAGUUUCUUCAGCUUCUUCUCCCCACAGCUCCCUAGUGGGGAGGGGCAGCUGUCCAUUUGUCCAAAGUAUUAAUGCAACUGAAGCUGUGAUAUUUCCAAUGACUGUAGGAGGAAAAAAGGGGAGAGAGGAAAACAAAACCAACCAACCCCUAAAAUCAUUUUCUUAUUGUACAUAACGACCUCAUUCUCCUGUAUAUGCGGAAGAUAUAACCUUAUAUUUGGUAAGUGUUUCUUGUGCUAUUUUAUCACGUGACCUGUUUAUAAAAAUAUAUAUUA